AGAUGUUUACUUGCUAAGAGUGCAUUUAAAUUCUAUACGCUUAAGUAUUUUUACUAAACAAUGCAAAAGGAAGGCUAUCUCGUUGUUGUUUCGGUGCUAGAAGGACGUAACUUUCCCAGUCGUCCAAAGCACAACAUAGUAAUCGAAUGCAAGUUUGAUGGUGAACUUCUAGCUACAGACCCUGUCAGCCACUCUGACUCGCCGAGCUUCACAACCGAACUGGCAUGGGAAAUGGAUAAGAAAUCACUGCACCAGCAUAGAAUGCAUAGAACACCUAUCAAGCUGCAAUGCUUUGCCAUUGAUCUUGCUACUGAUACAAGAGAAAACGUUGGCUACAUUGUACUGGAUCUCAGAGGGGCACAAUUAAAGGCACAAGCUGAAAAAUGGUACACGCUGCUAAACACUAAGUACUCUCGGCCAAAACCCUCUGUUAAAAUAUCAAUGAUACUGGAGGCUGAUGAACCAAAACAAGCUCCAUUUAAAGCACAGGAAGCACCUGCGCGCACUGUACCAAUUAAUGUUGUGGAUAAUGUGACUCCGGUUUUGGAUGAGGAAGAAGGCUGCUUUCAAAUUGGUCAUAGAGGUCCACAAUCUGUAAUCUACGUUCUCUCAGUAACCCUUGGAUCUGCUUUUAAUCUGGAGCAGUUAAUUCCUGGUAAUAAACAGUUACCAGGGAUUAAUCCUGGUUACUUUUUUUACUACUCACUGUUUGACAGUGAUAUAACCAAUGAUGUGUUUCACAAUAUUUUUUCACCUGAAAUCACACCAGAGCGGGCAUCAAUAAGAAUUCGUUCAACCAUUGACCACAUGAAGGCUUAUUUCAGCAAAAAUUCUGCACUACAAGUUCACUUAUGCUGUGUUGAUCAGCUCCUUGGUUCCACCUCAGUUUCAUUUGCAAGUUUCUUAAGUAACAAGAACUUAUCCAUGCUGGGUUCCUCACCAAUUGUUAUUGAUGGAGUCUUUCCAUUAAGUCCGCCAGAUAAAUCAUUGGAACCAAACGUUGUACAGCCUAGAGUUAGCGUGAAUGUCUCUUUAAGGCGUGAAGAUGUUCCAAUUAACCAGGAACCGCGUCCUGCUCCCAGUGACACAAUUUUGGAAACACCAAGAAAAGAAAAGUCCCCAGAAGCUGCUCCCAAUGAUGAACCAGUUAAGGAUCAGAACACGGUUGCUGUAGAACCUGAUAUCGGUGGUAACGCAGCAUCCACAGCACAAGUUGACACUGAUGAUGAUGCUGCAAGCAUUCAUUCCGAACGAUCGCAUCAAAGCACUGCUGCUAAAGAUCCACAAUCCACUCCUCCACCCCCACAGAUGCUUACAGUUGAAGACAACAGCUUGGCUACAACAGAAACACAUACAGACAUUCCGGGUCCAACCCAACAUUUUCGGUUUUCACUUGAUAUCAAAACCAUCUCUGUUUUAGCUCUGCCACAUGCUUGUAAUGUGUUCGUAAAAUAUUCAUAUCCAUUCUUUGGCAGUUUUGCACCUGUAAUGACUGGACCUGUCCAAGUUUUCAAGAAUUCAGAUGUUAUAGUUCCUCGCUCAUUAUGUGUGUUUGACUUUGCUUGUACACAUAAGCUGCUCACUGGAACAUUUCGAAGUUUACCUAUCACACUUGAAUUAUGGCACCGAGAUAAGGAGACUGAUGAUGUUUUGCUUGGAACAUCCAUCCUAACCUUGAGUGAGCUUCUUACUACAGAAAAGGUUAAAAUUCAAAUCAAUCAGAAUGGAAACAAAGUGCAAGGAAUUCGACAAACUCGAAGAGGAGCUAUUCCUGUUCUAACCAACACCAAAAAGCGAAUUGCUGAUCUCAACCUUAUUGCAACAUUUGAGGAUCUUGGUCAAGUGCUAGACCAGAAUAUCAUUCGCCCACAACAGAAGCAGUCUUCCCAGGCCUCUGAUCAACAAAAUAUUCCGAAACCAAACCUAAAGGAGAAACCUGAGCCUGAAAAUCCAAGAGAAAGCAACGAGUACAAAGCCGCAAUCCAACUUGAAUUAUGGAAAUCACAGGAACAGGAAAAAUUUAUGAAGAGAAUGAAUGAGUUGGAAACCCAGCAAAUAAAAGUACUCACGGAAGAGUUUAAAAAGCGGGAUAAAGAAAGAGAAAUGCUCAUUGCCAAACGUAUAGCUGAAUAUCAACAGUUAGAAAACCGACUUUCGCAAACCAAUGCAAACUUAGAAAAGCGGGAAAUGCAAGUUGCAGCGACUGAGCAAGAACUUUCUCACAUUCGCGUUGAUAUGGAACGAGAAAAAGAACGAGUCGUAACGGAGGCAAAGGAAGCAACAAAGAGGAUGAAGGACGACUGUAUUCAUCAGGUGCAACUAGAGAGGGAGAGGAGGAAUGUUGCUGAAGAACAAAACAAGAAACUUCUUAAACAAAUUAACGACAUAGAGCAGAAGUAUACGGAGUUGAUGGCACAGUUUCAUGAAUACAAAAACCAGUUAAGUUCCCGCCCUGAAGUAAGAGUGGAAGCUGAACUUAACCUUAUUCGAAUGGAGAAAGCCGAAGUUGAUCGAAAACUAGAGUCUAUUACCAAGUCAAAACUCCACUACAAGCAACAGUGGGGUAGAGCAUUGAAAGAGCUGGCUAUGAUGAAAAAGAGAGAACAGGAGCAUGCAAUGGCUAACCUUAAGCAACAACAGCAGGAAUUAGAAGCACUAAGGCUACAAUAUCUUGCAGCGGAUGAAAAGAAAGAAAUGCAAAACGAUCAACAAAAAAUAAACGAAAUUCAAAAGGAACUUCAACUACUUAAGAACGACUCUGGUAUAAAAGCAUCCAUUGCAAUUGAACCUGAUCAAAAACUGUUAAAAUGCGAGGAGAUUAACGAGCGUGUUUCGCGAUUGAUAGAAGAAAGAGACACAUUAUUACGCACAGGCGUCUAUAAUCGUAGUGACCGCAUUAUUAGUGAGCUUGAUCGACAAAUUAAAGAAGAAAUGCAAAAACAACCAAAACAAUAACGUGUGCACCUGUUUAAUGAUUGUUUAACUUAGUAUGAUUGAGAAUGGCAUUUCUUAACCGUAAUCUACAAUUCGUUGCUUGUAAUAACGUUUACUUUUUCUAUGAUGAUAAUGUGUAUGUUUUAAGUAUCUAAUAUUAUAGUCUUUGUUAGUUCGUUUGUGAUGUUACGCAUUUUAGGCUAACCAUCUUUUGUUAUAUUUUUGUGUUUUAUAUUUGUUCCACACUGUGGUCAUGUAUAAAUAAAAUAUUCACCAUACUAUA